GGGACCACAUUUGCCAUGUAUUAGGGGUGUGGCCAUGGCUGUUACAGACUCUGUUUUCUCAUUCUUCUUCUUCUUCUCUUUGCUUUGCUUUGUUUUCAUCGAUCCCUAUUCACUGCUCUAAUGCCUCUGCUCUUCACUUUCAUCAGGGAUUAAUUGAUACAAAACCAUUUAUAAGUAUCCAUCACACAAGAAGAUGGUACUUUCUGAAUCAGAAAAUAUUGCCUAUGGCGGAAAAGGAAAUAAACCAAAUUCACCACAUCCUUCUUCUCAACAAGAUCAAGAUUCACUGAAGGAAACCUCAUCAUUUUCUCCUUUAGCAGGAGCAGGAGCAGGAGGAGGGGGACAGAAUUCUUCUUCUCUCCUGUCACUUACUCUCAAUGAAAUUCAACACAAGAGUGGCAAGACUUUUGGCUCCAUGAACAUGGAUGAAUUUCUUUCUAAUUUGUGGAGUGUAGAUGAAAAUCAAGAUUCAUCACAACCAAACCAACACCAACCCACCAAAGAUAAUAAUAAUAACAAUACUAAUAAUAGUUCUAAUAAUGGCAUACCAAACCAACCCCUAUUGGCUCGACAAGGUUCCUUCUCUAUUCCUUCACCUCUCUGCAAAAAAACUGUGGAUGAAGUGUGGUUUGAGAUACAAAAAGAUAGUCCCCAACACCAAAACCCUACCAAUAUUGGUCCUCAAGGACCUCCUCAACGCCAACUAACCCUUGGAGAAAUGACCCUUGAAGAUUUCUUGAUAAAAGCUGGGGUUGUACAAGAAGCACCAGGGUCUAGUUCAUCCCAGCAAAAAAUGGUAAUUCCUAGUAUUCAAAAUAUAAGCUCAUGUGCUUUGGAUGCAACAUUUGGAAUGGGGCAAGAGGUAGGAAUUGGAUUUUCCGCUGCCCACCACCAAACUAUUGGAAACAAUUUCUCUGCUGCUAAUGGUUUUACACCAUACAAAAUGUUCCCACCACAAACCAAAGGCUAUAGUAGUGUAGGGGAAGUUUCAAGUAAGGGUAAAAAUGAUCAAGGUCUUUUCGAGUUGAAUGCGCAGGCGCAGCAGCAGCAGCAAAACAAGAAGAGGAUAAUUGAUGGUCCCCCGGAGGUGGUCGUCGAGCGAAGGCAGCGGAGGAUGAUCAAGAAUAGAGAGUCAGCUGCACGAUCUCGGGCUAGGAAGCAGGCAUAUACUGUGGAGUUGGAGCUAGAGUUGAAUCAACUUAAAGAAGAGAAUGCUAAGCUAAAGCAACUUGUGGAGGAAAUCGAGCAGAACCGAAAGGAAGAGGUUAUGAAAAGGAAACCAUCAAUACUGCCAUUCAAGAAAGGUGAUAAACUGAAGAGCUUAAGGAGGACAGUGAGCUUGACUUGGUGAAUGCGAAGAAGAAAGGAUAACGAAACUGCAUGAUAAAAGGCAGUUUGGCUUGUGAAUAUAUACAUAUAUAGUGAUAAAUAUAAAUGUGUAAAAACCAUAUACAUAUAUAUAUUAGUUAUUUUCAACAAUAAGUGAGGAUAUAUACAGCAAGUAUUAAUUUGUAAAGCUUCUUUUUGCUUUCUCAUGGUAGGUUGCGUUUAGCAUUUCAAUUUCUCUCAUUAUCAAUAAGAUGUGCUCUCAUCUAGCUAGGUCUAUUUAAAAUAUUGCCAAGAGGUGGUGAUCCAAGUUCAGAGAAUGCAAUUAUAUGGUUUUCUUUGUUAGGAUAAAUAAUACGUUCUCAAACAA